AUGGCUGUGCAUCGACUUGUAUGGUGGAGACUGGCAGGGCUGAGUAGUUCCAGGUUCGGAGGAGAGGUCCGUGGAGGAGGAAGGUGUAGCAGGGACGGAAACAAGGCUAUGGAGGCGAUUGGAAAACAGGGCUGGCAGGAGCUAGAGAAAAACGGGGUCAGUGACGACGAGGCCGCUCUCCUGCCUCCGGUUCCCGAGUGGGUCGGUGACGACGAGGCCGCCCUGCUUCCUGCACUAGUGGGGUUCGCCGGCGAGGCCGCCCUGCUUCCUGCACUAGUGGGGUUCGCCGGCGAGGCCGCCCUGCUUCCUGCACCAGCUCCACAGCCGGCUCCCCGCCGGCAGCAUCCUUUACCAGCUCCACAGCCGGCUCCCCAUCUGUCCUUUCAGCCCGACCUCCAGCUGCAGCUGCAAUCGCCGUCCCAGCCAUCCUCUGACCGGUGCCGAGUACCACCAAAAAUCAUCAAUUUGUCAAGAGAUAUUGUGGUAAACGAAGGCUCCAAUGUCACCUUAAUGUGCCAAGCCAGUGGUAAACCAGAGCCUUCCAUCAGCUGGAAACUCAUUUCUUCUUCAGGGGACCUGGCAUCAGAUGAUGAGUACCUGGAAAUCCCAUCUAUCACCAGACAGAGAGCAGGAACGUAUGAAUGCACAGCUGACAACAAUAUUGACGCAGAUGCCCAGACAGUAGACAUCACCGUUAACUAUGCCCCAACUGUAUCAGAGGGCAGAGACAUCGGAGUGACUCUGGGCCAAAGAGGAGUGCUGGAGUGUGAGGCCGAUGCUGUGCCCGAGGCAGAUUUUGAGUGGUAUAAAGAUGACAGAAGGAUCUUCAAUGGCUUCGAUGGCGUGGAGAUUGUGAAUACUGGAUCACUGUCGAAGUUGACAUUUUUUAAUGUGUCUGAAGGAGAUUACGGCAACUACACCUGUGUUGCCAUCAACAAACUGGGGAGCUCAAACACAAGCUUCCUUCUGUAUGUGGUAAUUGAACCCACUAGCUCAACACUAUUGCAAGGGCCGAGAGCAGUUCAGGAUGGCAGCAGCGGUGCAGUGGGAAUGCGCUCACACACCUGUCUCCUCUUCAUAGCGUUUCUGCCGCUACUGCUCAGAUUUUGAAGAGGAGUGGAUUUGAACAAAAGUAUUGUGUGCUUGUGUGUGUGCUUGUGUGUGUGUGUGUGUGUGUGUGUAUGUGUGUGUGUUACUUUUUUUCAACCGGAAUCAUAAACUGAUGCACAGUGUGUGCAUGAAGUACCCUGCUACACAAUAAUGUUGACCCACUAAAUCAAUACAUAGGUUUUUUUUCUCACAUUUUAAUUGAACUCUGUUGGAUAUUUUCUCUCUAAAUUAUAUUAUUCCGUAUUGUCUCUUUUUACAUAUAUAUCUUGGGAAAAGAAGGCUUUUUUAAUAUGGUGUUAUUCAAAUGGCUUUGUCUUCAUUUUUAACUACACUGCAUCUUCAUCUCAACUGCAGGAAAAAGCAAAUUUACAGCAAGUAUGAGAGGUGACUGUUAAAUACCUCAAAGUCAAACUGAGACAGUGAAGCAGGAGGCAUUUAGGUUACCCUGAGCCUGAAAGCCUGGUAUUAUCAUAUUUUAAUGUAUAAUAAUUACAGUAUCAGUCUGGUUGUUGAAAGCAGAAUUGUUUUUGACCUUGAAGUAUUUUUGUUCUCAGCAUUCUAGUGAUAUACUUACAGUUGUGUUUUGCUAAUCUUUUAUUUUUUUCCAAGUAUGUUUAGUUUUUAAUAUUUUGAAAAGGGAAAAUAUAAAGUUGUAAGUAUUUAGGACUCAUAUCCUAGUGUUAUGGGUUUUUGUUUUUUUGUUUUUUACCAGUACAGUUAUACACAAAAAUUGUGUCAGGAAUAAAUAUGUUAUAAUUACGUACUGAAAUGGAGGCACAGCUCACUCCACUUGUGUGGGGUCAGUGUCUGACUUUCAUAAUGCAAAUGUAUUAAUGCUGUUGCUACUUGUUUGAGCAUCAUGUAAUUUCUACACAGCACAUUUAUUUGAGGAAAUGUUCCUGUUCAUGUCCCAGACCAGCAUUGGAUGGUUGGAGACCACACAAUACGAUUAUAUUAACAAAAAAUAAACGCUUUCUGCAUGCAUUUACACGCCAAUAACCCAAAGACUUUAGCAGUUUAUACAACACACUAGUUUCAGUACCAAUUAAAACACAUGGACACAUAGUGUAGUCUUUUCACAAAUAAGAGGGUUAAUAUGCUAUGUGUCAAUAUGGUUUUAACAUGGGGCUACUUAAAAAAAACUAAAAUCAUUGUACAGUUUUUGAGCCAAUUGCAAUAACCAACGCUGAUCAGAGGUCUGAGCAAAAAGGCUACAACUGCUCUUAUCACUUGAUAUAUAGCUUGCAUUAUCAGAAAAGACAAGAUAUAUGAGAAAACAAGAAAAUCAUAUCCGUUUUAUUAUGGAGGACUAUCGGUGCAGACAUAGUAUUUUGGUGUUUUGAGAGGCAGUAAACAAACAAUAGGUCUCUCUUACCUCAUUUUGUUGCAAGCGUAAGGAUUCUAUGUAACAAUGAGUAACCUCGCUCAACACAGCACCAAAAAUUAAAGUCAGUAAUUUAUCUUUUUCUUGUCUCAUGUGUUGAGAAGUGAAUCACAGCAACUGCUGGACUACAUUCAGGUCACCCCCAGCAGUGGAAAAGAGCUGAGUGACAACACCAAAAAAGCAACAUUCGGUGCCAGGCUACUGGUUUUGUAAUGUGGGAGAGAUUUUUUUAACCAAUAAUCCCUUGCAAAAUGCAUCACUGUUUGUGUUAAUUGACAUACCUCAGACACAACCAUCUACUGACUGUCAGUUUCUAUGAGAGCUGCACUCCACAUCAUUGGGCUGUGUGCAGCACUAAAGCAUUUAUACAUUUCCAUUAACACAACAUCAAACAGGAACAAUGAAUUAAAACAAAUUAGUCUGUGUCUGUGUUGUGGUGGGGAAAUGAUGUGCUUCUUAUGAUCUAACAGCUCUGAUUGGGUGUGUUUUUACAUAUGGUUAUUUUUAAAUUAAUGUUAGUUCAGCUGACACUGAGCAGGCCUGACAGGAGAAGAAUGAUACCGAACCUGUUCAUGUUUACCUUUUUUCUUUUAAAAGAAAAUUCAGAUCGUUUUCUGCGGUUUGCCAUGGCUCUGGUAAGGUUAUUAGCCCAUCAUUUGUGUGCACCUCAAUAUUUCUUUUGAGCGCAGCCCCUUUGUAGCUCAAGGUUUGUGCUCUUUGAUGUGUAAAAAGAGCCGAUAUCCAAAUCAAAAUGGCAUGAAACACACAGGGGCAUUAUUGAAAUUGAUCAGGGUAAUCAUCAGCUGAAUCUGACGAGCUAAUCACAGUUUGUUUUCUCACACAAGACAAAGAGCGAGUCAGAGAGACAAGCACCGCAGAUGAUUAUUCAUCACUGGCACAGUGAUGUUUGGAAAUGACAUGGUAAUUAUUACAUCCUUGCUUGGAGGAUGGUACUACUGAUCCCACAUCAAUUUUACACAGUUAUUUUGCCACAAGAUUAACCACAUUUAAGAUGAAGUGAAGUAUGAUCAUCUCCCGAGGAUGUCUGUGCUGGAUCUGUUCAGACAGACUUGUUUGAAGUGGUUGCUGUCAAUAUGCACAAACAGUCACAGCUUCAUCACUUAGAGAGGCUGAACUUGAAAGGUUGAAAAGGAGCCAGUUGUGAAAUCACCUUUCUUAAUAGUUUGCCUGGAACUAACAAACUUAACACACACAACACCAUGCACACAAAUUCUACAGCCAAGCACACAUUCUAAAAUCGGGGCCGUUUAUUUAGUUUUUUACUGUAGUAGUAUUUAGGUAGUAUUUUUACUACCUCUGAGCAGUUCAACGAUUUGUACAGUUAUGACACUGUGGUUACACCCCCCACCACCUUAAAGUAAUAUUUAGAUCAGUUAUGGAUGUGUGAUUCACAGAAACCCUUUCUUUUCCACACUGCAGGAGUAUCACGUGCUCCAAAGGACAACACAGACGUCUGAAUGUGUAUUGCUUUGUCCUUAAUAAUUGCUAUAUAGUUUUUUGAUGUAAUUUCAAAUGCAAUAAAAUAUAAUUUGUUGGGCUAAGCACACUAUUACUGAGGACAAACCCAGUGGUUACUUUUAGAACAAAGACAGGCCUGUAGAAACAGAAAAUGUAACAUGUUAAGCAUCUCUACAUUAAAUGAAAAUUCACAUUUUUUUCACACUCAUAUCCAAAAGUAAGGAGGUGGUUGUAUAGCAGACCUAACUUAAUGAUUGACCUAAUGAUAGCAAUGCCCUGUCACUACGACUGAUUCAGAGUUGAGACUGCACUGAGCAGCACAGACUUCAAACCAAAACUGACCACAUUGAUAUUCUGAAUUUAAAUGCAUGCGGGAAAACUGCUAAUUGUCAGUGUGAAACAACAGAAUUGUUUAUUAACUGUGAUGAGAUCUGGGAUCGCAGACAAAAUAUUGUAAACUGUGAAGCACUGAGCUAAAAAGCAGCAGGCAGCAUGCAAAGCGUAGUAUGUGAUCAGAGGAUGAGGCUUUCUGCCUUUUCACUGGAUAUGGUACACAGUCAGCUCUUAUCAGGUCGCUGUUGGAAAUUUGCUAGAUCACAUUUUUUACGGUUUUGGCCUUGGUCAGAGCCUGGUACAGCCAAAAGCAAAGUACCACCUUCAUUUCUUUGUUUUCAUAUCCC